UGCUGUGGGGGUGGUGGGUUUAUUUCCAACACACAAGCCAAAGAUAAAAAAGAAUAAAAAAUUAAAAGCAGCAGCAAAACCAUGAUCAAAGGUUGAGAGGGAGACAAACAGGGUCUCUGAUUCCUCUCUCCUCUCUUUUUUUCUUCUCUCUCUCUCAGUUUAGUUUAUCAUGGUCAUCACUGAAUUCUAGGGUUUUGAUUUCCCUGCCUGCAUGGAUCACUAGCAUUGGUUUUGGUUGUGUUGCUCUUUGGGAAUUCACAGCUUGCUCUUUGGUCAACUAGCGUUCCUUUACCCAGUUUCUGGAACAUUUCAAAUUCCUUUAUGGAGGUUCUGGAGAUGGAGGAGGCAAAGCCUGAAAGUCAUAUGACAUCGGCUGCAGCCUUUGUGGAAGGGGGAAUACAACAAGCCUGUGAUGAUGCUUGCAGCAUAUGCCUUGAAGAUUUUUCUGAAAGCGAUCCAUCAACGUUGACUACUUGCAAGCAUGAAUUUCACCUUCAGUGCAUCCUUGAAUGGUGCCAGAGAAGCUCUCAGUGUCCCAUGUGUUGGCAACCUGUUAGCCUGAAGGAUCCCACCAGUCAAGAAUUGCUUGAGACGGUAGUACGUGAGAGGAACUUUAGAGUUACUCCAGCAAGAAAUGCCACUAUAUUUCAUCAUCCCACCCUUGGUGAUUUUGAAUUGCAGCAUUUGCCAGUAGGUGCUAAUGAUGCUGAACUUGAAGAGCGUAUAAUCCAGCAUUUGGCAGCUGCUGCAGCAAUGGGAAGGGCCCACAAUAUUGGUAGGAGGGAAGGCCAGAGGAGUCGAUCAGCUGCCCAUACCCGUCCACACUUUUUGGUGUUUUCCGCUCAUCCUGGUGGACCUUCUGGUCCUGUUUCUGCUCCCAGAGUGGACAAUGAACCAGCUUCAAUCAGUGUGGCUAGUCCAUCUACCCCACUUGCAUCGGGUGGAGAUGUACCAUCCCAGCAGGUUUCACAUAUUCCUUCUGCUCAUACUGAUCAAGAUUCUUCCCCAGCCUCCGGAUCUGCUUUCCUGCCAACAAAUCGUCAAGGAAUUUCCCUUAAUAAUCGGAGCCCUGCUAGUCAUUCCUCACCACCAAAUCCUGAUAGAGCAGGGCCAUCUGAUUUUCAGUCAUUUUCAGAGUCUCUGAAAUCUAGAUUUAAUGCCAUGUCGAUGAGAUACAAAGAGUCGCUUUCAAAAAAUACAAGAGGGUGGAAGGAGAGGCUUUUCUCUCGUAAUACUUCCAUGUCAGAUAUCGGCCCUGAAGUUCAGAGGGAAGUGAAUGCAGGAAUUGCCAGUGUAUCUCGUAUGAUGGAGCACCUUGAAACCAGAGAUGAUAAUACUGCCAACCAAGAUUCUGAAGUUACUGACCAGAAUGUUGUGGAGAAUGACAGCAAUCGGCCAGCUUCUUGUGCUGCUGGUUCGACUUCAGGUUAAGUUGUUGAGCAUUGUUUCUGCUAGUGCUCUAUCCUCAGCAUUUCAUAUUUGAAGGUUAAUUGGUUUCUCCAGAAAUGACAUGCUGAGGACAAGAUGCUUUAGAAUAGACUUCAGAGGGUAAAUGGUGAUUGAUGUUUAAAUCCAAAUAAAGGACAGGAAGUCACAGGGGAUUCCACCUGGACAGAGACGUAUAAAUGGGGGUAUUUGCAUGUGAAUUUGUUUAGAUAUAUGACCCACAUGUGAUGCUGGAUAAUUUAACUGUCUGGAUGGCUUGGUAGAUUUCGAUUUCGAUACAACUAUUUAUAUAAAUACAUAUAUUUCUUACUGAAAA